AUGAGCUGGGCUUUGGAAGAAUGGAAAGAAGGCCUGCCUACAAGAGCUCUUCAGAAAAUUCAAGAGCUGGAAGGACAGCUGGACAAACUGAAGAAGGAAAAGCAGCAAAGGCAGUUUCAGCUUGAUACUCUCGAGGCUGCAUUGCAGAAGCAAAAGCAGAAGGUUGAAAAUGAAAAAACUGAGGGCACAAACCUGAAAAGGGAGAAUCAAAGAUUGAUAGAAAUAUGUGAAAAUCUGGAGAAGUGUAAAUCCGAACUUGAAAGAAGCCAGCAAGCUGCACAGUCUGCAGAUGGCUCUCUGAAUCCGUGCAGUACACCACAAAACAUUUUUACAACUCCGCUAACACCGAUGCACUAUUAUAGCGGUUCCAAGUAUGAAGAUCUAAAAGAAAAAUAUAAUAAGGAAGUUGAAGAACGAAAAAGAUUAGAGGCAGAGGUUAAAGCCUUGCAGGCUAAAAAAGCGAGCCAGACCAUUCCCCAAACCACCAUGAAUCACCGAGACAUCGCUCGACACCAGGCUUCCUCGUCUGUGUUCUCAUGGCAACAAGAGAAGACCCCAAGUCGUCUUUCAUCCAAUUCUCAAAAAACUCCAGCUAGGAGAGAUUUCUCGACAUCUAACUUUUCUGGGGAACAAGAGGUGACUCCAAGUCGAUCAAUUUUGCAAAGAGGGAAAAGAGAUGCUAAUAGCAGUUUGUGUGAUAAUUCCAGUAGUUCUCAUCUUUUGGAUCAAUUAAAAGCACAGAAUCAAGAGCUAAGAAGCAAGAUGAAUGAGUUGGAACUACGUCUACAAGGACAAGAAAAAGAAAUGAAAGGCCAAGUGAAUAAAUUUCAAGACCUCCAACUCCAACUGGAGAAAGCAAAAGUGGAAUUAGUUGAAAAAGAGAAAGUUUCGAACAAAAGUAGGGAUGAACUAGUGAGAACAGCAGCACAAUACGAGCAGGCAUCAACCAAGUGUACUGAAUUGGAACAAAAAUUGAAAAAAUUAACUGAAGAUCUGAGUUGCCAGCGACAAAAUGCAGAAAGUGCCAGAUGUUCCCUGGAACAGAAAAUUAAGGAAAAAGAAAAGGAAUUUCAAGAGGAGCUCUCUCAUCAACAGCGAUCUUUCCAGACCCUGGACCAAGAGUGCACCCAGAUGAAAGCCAGACUCACCCAGGAGCUACAGCAAGCCAAGAACACGCACAACGUCCUGCAGGCCGAGCUGGAUAAAGUCACAUCGGGAAAGCAACAGCUAGAAAAAAAUUUGGAGGAGUUUAAGCAAAAGUUCUGCAGGACUGAACAGGCAUUGCAGGCGAGUCAGAUCAAGGAGAAUGAGCUGAGGAGAAGCAUCGAGGAAAUAAAGAAGGAAAACAGCUUCCUUAAGAGUCAGUCUGAGCAAAAGGCCAGAGAAGUCUGCCACCUGGAGGAAGAACUCAAGAAAGUCAAACAGUGUUUAAACCAGAGCCAGAAUUUUGCAGAAGAAAUGAAAGCCAAGAAUACCUCUCAGGAAACCAUGUUAAGAGAUCUUCUAGAAAAAAUAAAUCAGCAAGAAAACUCCUUGACAUUAGAGAAACUGAAGCUUGCCGUGGCUGAUCUGGAAAAGCAGCGAGAUUGUUCUCAAGACCUUUUAAAGAAAAGGGAACAUCACAUCGAACAGCUCAAUGAUAAGUUAAGCAAGACAGAGAAAGAGUCCAAAGCCUUAUUGAAUGCUUUGGAGUUAAAAAAGAAAGAAUAUGAAGAACUGAAAGAAGAGAAAACUCUGUUUUCUUGUUGGAAGAGUGAAAACGAAAAACUUUUAAAUCAGAUGGAAUCAGAGAAGGAAAACUUGCAGAGUAAAAUUAAUCACUUGGAAACUUGUCUCAAGAUGCAACAAAUAAAAAGUCACGAAUACAAUGAGAGAGUAAGAACCUUGGAGAUGGAAAAAGAAAACCUAAAUGUUGAGAUCAGAAACCUCCACAAUGUGAUAGACAGCAAGUCUGUGGAGGUAGAGACACAGAAACAAGCUUAUGUAGAACUGCAGCAGGAAGCCGAGUUCUCGGAUCAGAAGCAUAAGAAGGAAAUAGAAAAUAUGUGUCUGAAAACUUCUCAGCUUACUGGGCAAGUUGAAGAUCUGGAACAGAAGCUUCAGUUGCUGUCAAGUGAAAAAAUGGCCAAAGACCAGUGUUACCAAGACUUGUAUGUCGAAUAUGAGAGCCUCAUGGAUCUGCUGAAAUCCAAAGAUUCUUCUCUGGUGCCAAAUGAGGAUCAUCAGAAAAGUCUUUUGCCUUCCGAACAGCAGGCUGCCAUGAAUAAUUCCUUUGCAAAUAUAACUGGAGAACAAGGAAGCGUGCCUUCAGAAAGGAGCGAAUGCCAUUUACAAGCAGACCAAAGUCCAAAAAAUUCAACCAUUCUACAAAAUAGAGUUGAUUCACUUGAAUUUUCAUUGCAGUCUCAAAAGCAGAUGAACUCAGAUCUGCAAAAGCAGUGUGAAGAGUUGGUGCAAAUCAGAGGAGAAAUAGAAGAAAAUCUCAUGAAAGCAGAGCAGAUGCAUCAAAGUUUUGUGACAGAAACAAGUCAUCGCAUUAGUAAGUUACAAGAAGACACUUCUGCUCAUCAGAAUGUUGUCACGGAAACUUUAGUUGCCCUUGAGAACAAGGAAAAAGAGUUGCAGCUCGUGAAUGAAAAAUUAGAAACUGAGCAAGCAGAGAUUCAAGAAUUAAAAAAGAGCAACCAUCUACUCGAAGAAUCUCUAAGGGAGCUACAACUUUUAUCUGAAACUCUGAGCUCAGAGAAAAAGGAAAUGAGUUCCAUCAUUUUUCUAAAUAAAAGAGAAAUUGAAGAACUGACCCAAGAGAAUGAGACUCUCAAGGAAAUAAAUACAACCUUAAGUCAAGAGAAGAUGAACUUACUCCAAAAAACUGAGAGUUUUUCAAACCAUAUAGAUGAGAGAGAGAAAUGCAUUUCAGAGUUAUCUGAUCAGUACAAGCAAGACAGACUUAUUUUACUACAAAGAUGUGAAGAAGCCAGAAAUGCAUUUGAGGAUCUCAGUGAAAAAUACAAAGCAGCGCAAGAAAAGAACUCUCAAUUAGAAUGCUUGCUAAAUGGACGCACUAGUGUUUGUGAAAAUAGAAAAAGUGAGUUGGAACAGCUAAAGGAAACAUUUGCAAAGGAACACCAAGAACUCUUAACCAAAUUAGCGUUUGCUGAAGAAAGAACCCAGAAUCUAAUACCAGAGUUGGGGACUGUGCAGCCAGAUCUGAGAUCUGAGAUUAAAGAUAUCCAAAACAAUUCCAAGAGCGAGGCUGAUGGUUUAAAGCAAGAAAUCAUGAUUUUAAAGGAAGAACAAGAUAAGAUGCAAAUGGAAGUUAAUGACGUAUUACAAGAAAAUGAGCAGCUGAUGAAGUUAACGAAGACUAAACAUGAAUAUCAAAGCCAGGAAUUGGAACCAAUUAGGGACUCUGUGACAGAAAGAGAGAGUGAGCUAAAUAAAUGUAAUUUUCAACUUCAGAUGGAUCUUGAAGUUAAAAACAUUCCUCUAGCCAGUUAUAAUGCACAAUUGGUGCAAUUAGAAGCUAUGAUAAGAGCUAUGGAAUUAAAACUUCAGGAAAGUGAGAAGGAGAAGGAGUGCCUGCAGCAUGAAUUACAGACAAUCAGAGCAGAAUUAGAGACUAGAAAUUUGCAAGGCACUCAGUCACAAGACAUUAGUGACCUUAAAGACUGUGAAAUAGAUGCAGAAGAAAAGUACAUCUCAGUGCUUCACGAGUUGUCAACAAGUCAAAAUGACCAUGCGCACCUGCAAUGCUCUCUACAGACGGCAACGAACAAGCUGAGUGAGCUAGGGAAAAUAUGUGACAUGCUGAAGGCUGAAAAGUGUGAACUCGUGUCUGAGCUGAAUGGUUCAACGUCAGAAUGUAUCACAGCAACUAGUAAGAUGGCAGAAGAGGUAGAGAAACUAGUCAAUGAAGUUAAACUAUUAAACGAUGAAAAUGGCCUUCUCCAUGGUGAGUUAGUGAAAGAAAUGCCAGAAGGCGAAUUCGGUGAGCGGCAAAAUGAGCAGCAGUCUGUGUCCUUGAAUCCUUUGGACGACAGUAAUUCCUAUGAGCGCUUGACACUGUCAAACAAAGAAGUUCAAAUGCACUUUGCCGAAUUGCAGGAGAAAUUCUCAUCUUUGCAAAGUGAACACAAAAUUUUACAUGAUCAGCACUGUCAAAUGAGCUCCAAGAUGUCAGAGCUCCAGACUUAUGUUGACUCGUUAAAGGCUGAAAAUUCAGUCUUGUCAGCAAAUCUGAGAAACUUUCAAGGUGACCUGGUGAAGGAGACGAAGCUGGACUCCGAGGAGGGGCGCAUUUUGUCACUGUCAUUCUCUUGUGUGCCUGACAGCCCUAGUCUUUCCAGCUUUGGGGACUCCUCUUUUUACAAAGCUCUUUUAGAACAGACAGCAGACAUGUCUCUGCUGAAUAACUUAGAAGGGAUGGAAGGGAAUGUUUCAGCAGACCGGUCUAACGGAGACGAACUGUCUUGCGGCAGUCUGGAGGAGGAGAAUCUGACCAAGAAAGAAAUUCCAUCUGCCCCAGUGAGGAGAGUUGAAGAACUUGAGACCCUCUGUCAGAUGUACUUGCAGUCCCUUAAGAAGCUAGAAGAGAAAAUGGAAAGUCAAGGGAUUCUGAAAAAUAAGGAAAUUCAAGAGCUCGAACAGUUAUUAAGUUCUGAAAGGCAAGAGCUCGACUGCCUUAGGGAGCAGUAUUUGUCAGAAAACGAACAGUGGCAGCAGAAGCUGACAAGCGUGACCAUGGAGAUGGAGUCCAAGUUGGCGGCAGAGAAGAAACAGACGGAACAGCUAUCACUUGAGCUUGAGGUAGCGCGACUCCAGCUGCAAGGUCUGGACUUAAGUUCUCGGUCUUUGCUCGGCACCGAUUUAGAAGAUGUUAUUCAGAGCCAAAAUGAGAGCCAUGGUGUAAAAGAAUCAGAAGAAUAUCCUUUGGAAACUGCAGAGAGAACACCAAAGCAUGACAGUCAUCAGAUUUGUGAGAAAGAUGUUCAGCAGGACCUCAGUCUGGAGACUGAGAAAAUAACAGAGACCAGUGCAGUCAGACUUCCAGGAGAGUGUCCUAGCGAGCAGUCCCCAGAGACCAGUCAUGGGACUCCAGGAGAGGACAAAACCCAGGGCCGUUCAGAAUGCAUUUCUGAAUUGUCGUUUUCUGAUCCUAAUGCUUUGGUACCCAUGGAUUUUCUGGAGAAUCAGGUAACCGUCCAGAAUCUUCAGCUGCAGGUAGAAGAGACAUCAAAUGAGAAUUUGAGAUUGCUUCAUGUGAUAGAGGACCGUGACAAAAAAGUUGAAAGUUUGCUAAAUGAAAUCAAAGAGUUAGACUCAAAACUCGAUUCACAGGAAGCACAACUAGCGACCAAAGUGGAAGCCUAUGUAGAACUGGAAAAAAUAGUCGAGGAACUUAAGAAAGCCAACUCAGAUUUAAGUGAAAAAUUGGAAUCUCUUUCUCGUGAUAACCUGGAAUUACACCACAGAGGAGAAACUUCGGAAGGCCUCAGUUCUAAUUUAGAAAUGGGCACAGAUACAUCGUCACGUGAAGUUAUUGAAGACAACGAAGCCCAGGUGAAUGACAAGUGGAGAGAGAGAUUUCUGGACAUGGAAAAUGAGCUGCAAAGGAUCAGAUCGGAGAAGGCUGGCAUCGAGCAUCGUGCCCUCUCUGCGGAAGCUGACUUAGAGAUCAUUCAAAGAGAGAAGCUAUAUUUAGAAAAAGAUAAUGAAAAUAAGCAGAACGUUAUUGCUGGUCUUGAAGAAGAACUCUCAGUGGUCUCCAGUGAGAGAAACCAGCUUCACGGAGAAUUAGAUACAGUGUCAAAAGAAAACAAAGAACUGGAUCGCUUGUCUGAAAAGAUGAAGGAGAAAAUACGAGAGCUCGAGGCUCAUCAAGGCGAGUGUCUCUGUCACAUUCAGGUGGUGGAGGCAGAGGUAAAGGACAAAACAGAACAAAUUCAGGCUUUGUCCUCUGAUGUGAACCAGCUGUUAAAAGAUAAAGCUCACCUCCAGGAGCAGCUGCAGAGCUUGGAAAAGGACUCGCAGGCACUGUCUUUGGUAAAAUGUGAGCUGGAACUCCAAAUGGGACAAUUGAAUAAAGAGAAAGAAUCGCUUUGCAGGGAAUCUGAAAGCCUGCAGGCCAGACUGAGUGAAUCGGAACAGGAAAAGUUGAACAUCUCCAAGGCCUUGGAGGCUGCACUGCUGGAGAAGGGCGAGUUUGCAGAGAGGCUGAGCUCCACGCAAGAGGAAGUACAUCAGCUGAGAAGAGGCAUCGAGAAACUGAGAGUCCGUAUCCAGGCCGAUGAAAAGAAGCAGCUCCACGUGGCAGAGAAACUGAAAGAACGCGAGAGGGAGAACGAUUCGCUUAAGGAUAAAGUGGAGGGCCUUGAAAGGGAAUUGCAGAUGUCAGAAGAAAACCAAGAGCUGGUGAUUCUUGAUGCUGAGAAUUCCAAAGCAGAGGUAGAGACUCUAAAAACACAAAUGGAAGAGAUGGCCGACAGCCUGAAAGUUUUAGAAUCAGACCUUGGCUUGGUAAGAUCUGAAAAAGAAAAUCUGACAAAAGCACUACAAGAAAAACAAGAUCAAGUGUCAGAAUUAGACAAGCUGCUCUCUUCACUUAAAACUCUCUUAGAAGAAAAGGAACAAGUGAAAAUACAGAUCAAAGAAGAAUCUAAGACUGCAGCGGAGAUGCUUCAGGUUCAGUUGAAAGAGCUGAAUGAGGAACUUGCAGCCUUGUGUAGUGACCAAGAAACCUGGAAGGCCAAAGAACAGAGUCUGGACUCACCCAUGGAGGAAGUGCAUCGGCUGAGAGAUAGCGUUGAAAAGCUGAAGGCCGGCAUAGAAGCUGAUGGAAAGAGGCAGCUCCAUGUCUUAGAACAACUGAAGGAAAGUGAGCAUCAUGCUGAUUUACUUAAGGAUAGAGCUGAGAACCUUGAAAGAGAGCUAGAGAUAUCAGGGAAAAACCAAGAGCGUGCGCUUCUUGAGGCAGAGAAUUCCAAGGCAGAGGCAGAGACCCUAAAAGCAAAAAUAGAAGGAAUGGCUCAAAACCUGAGAGAUAUGGAAUUAGAUCUUGUUAAUAUAAGGUCAGAAAAAGAAAAUCUGGGCAAAGAAUUACAAAAACAGCAAGGGCGAGUGUCUGAAUUAGAAAUACUGAAUUCUUCGUUUGAAAAUCUAUUGCAAGAAAAAGAGCAAGAAAUAGUCCAGAUGAAAGAAGACUCUAACAGUGCAGUAGAGGUGCUUCAGAUACAAUUGAAAGAGCUCAACGAGAAAGUGACAGGCUUGUGUAAUGACCGAGAGACCUGUAAGGCCAAAGAACAGGAUCUAAGCAGUCAGAUUGAUUGUCUUGAACUAGAGAAGGCUCAGUUGGUACAAGGCCUUGAUGAGGCCAAAAAUAAUUACAUUAUUUUGCAAUCUUCUGUGAGUGUCCUCAUUCAAGAAGUAGAAGAUGGCAAACAUAAACUAGAGAAGAAGGAUGAAGAAAUCAGUAGACUAAAAGGUCAAAUUCAAGACCAAGAGCAGCUGGCCUCUAGACUGUCCCAGGUGGAAGGAGAGCAGCAGCUUUGGAAGAAGCAAAAAGUAGAAUUGGGAAAUCUGACAGUGGAAUUGGAACAGAAGAUCCAAGUGUUGCAAUCCAAAAAUGACAGUUCGCAGGAUACCUUAGCAGCACUGCAGAAUGCUUACAAGGAUCUAGAGAAUGAGCUUGAAUUGGCAAAAGUGGAGAAAAUGUCCUUUGUUGAAAAAGGUCAAUUGAAGGAGCUCAUGUUAGAAAAUGGUGACUUGAAGAAGAGUUUGGACUGUAUGCACAAAGACCAGGUAGAAAAGGAAAGGAAAGUGAAAGAAGAAGUAGCUGAAUACCAGCUACAGCUUCAGGAAGCUGAAAAGAAACAUCAGGCUUUGAUUUUGGACAUAAACAAACAGGUAAACACAAUGACUGCCAAGGAGACUGAGCUGCAGCAGGAAAUGCACGAGAUGGUGCAGAAAACAAAGGAGCUGAAAGAAGAAUCUGAUGGAGAGAAAAAUAGGCUAACCGAAGAAUUAAAAUUACUGUCAGAAGAAAUAAAGAGCAGAAACAUGGACAAUCUAAAAUGUGUAAGUCAGCUAAAGAAGGAAAAUGAACGUGCCCAGGGGAAAAUAAAGCUGUUGAUGAAAUCCUGUAAACAGCUGGAAGAGGAAAAGGAAAUGUUACAGAAAGAACUAUCUCAACGUGAAGCUGCACAGGAGAAGCAGAAAACAGAUACUGUCGUGGAUGGUAAGGUAGAUGAAUUAAUGACUGAGAUGAAAGAACUGAAAGAAACUCUUGAAGAAAAAACCAAGGAAGCAGACGAAUACUUGGAUAAGUACUGUUCCCUGCUUAUAAGCCAUGAAAAGUUAGAGAAAGCCAACGAGAUGUUAGAAACACAAGUUGCCCGUCUCUGUUCGCAGCAAUCUAAACACAGUCUCCGAAAUUCUCCUUUGCUAAGUCCAGUUGUUCCAGAACCAUCUCCAGUCCCUUCUGUUACUGAAAAGAAGUUAUCAUCUGGCCAAAAUAAAGCUUCCGGCAAGAGGCAAAGGUCCAGUGGGAUAUGGGAGAAUGGUGGAGGACCAACACCACCUACCCCAGAGACGUUUUCUAAAAAAACUAGGAAAGUGGUGAAAAGUGGUGUUCAGCCUGCAGAGGACACGGAAGAUACCACGUUUGAGCCAGAGGGACUUCCAGAAGUUGUAAAGAAAGGGUUUGCGGACAUCCCAACAGGAAAGACUAGCCCAUAUAUACUACGGAGAACAACCAUGGCAACUCGGACCAGCCCCCGCCUGGCUGCACAGAAGCUAGCACCAUCCCUCCUAAGUCCCGGCAAAGAAAAUCUUGCAGAGUCCUCCAAACCAACAGCUGGUGGCAGCAGAUCACAAAAGGUCAAGGUUGCUCAGCACAGCCCAGUGGAUUCAGGUGCUGCCUUCCGGGAACCCAGUGCAAAAUCUCUCUCAGUCCACAAUCUUCCCGAGAGAGGCUCAGCUGACAGCCCCAGAGAGGGCCUGCGAGCCAAGCGAGGCCGACUGGCCGCCAGCCCAGAAGCCGGAGCCGAGCCCAAGGGCAAUGAGAACUGUAGGGUCCAGUGAAGACACCUGUGUGUCAGCACCCCAAGGAAUAGUUGAGCAGAUAACAGUGGGGAGAAAACGAUUCCUUGUAAAUAAAAAUAUAUUGUACUCUUUAGAUCUUCCAUGUGUAAGUACUGAAAACGUUUGGAAGCACUGGUCAUUGAUUCAGCAUUGAUAUUCCUCUGCCGCGCUGUAAAUAGUACUGUGUAAACCUUUUUGUUAAUAAGUUACAAUUAAAUGGCAAGCAC